UUGAGGAGUGUGUUUGGAAGCUGGAGCAUCAGGGAAAGGGUUGAAUUCUCUGUUUAAAUGUGUAUGUUACUGGCUUAGGUAAGAGUAUGAGGAACUUAGGAUUCGGUAGACGGCGGUACUGCAACGUUAAGGAUGUAUAACACUAAAGAAGUAGAAGAAGAAGACCACCACCGAAGAAGAUGAAAGCAGUGUCUUUGUUCUGUCAUCGUAGAGGCCACAGAGCUGCUAGAUUAUAGCGACCAAGGCCGAGAUGGAUCAGUACAAAUUCGAAAUGAAAGAAGAGGACGUGGACGAUUAUCACGAUCAGAACAAUAACGAUAUGAAGGAGCAGGACCGGUUCAUUAGCGGAAUAAAGGAGGAGCAGCAGCAGGACCCGAGUUUAACCGAGCAGGACCGCACCACUAGCGGAAUAAAGGAGGAGCAGCAGGAACCUAGUUUAACCGAGCAGAACCGGUUCACUAGCGGAAUAAAGGAGGGGCAGCAGGACCCCGACCACCGUGGUUCUACAGAUCAACAGGAACACAAAGGAAGAGGAGCUUCAAAGCUGUAUCUCUGUCAGCAAUGUAGCCAGGCCUUCCCCAGACCAUCAAACCUAAAGAAUCAUCAGAAGAUUCACUCUGGAGAGAAACCAUAUAUCUGUGACCAGUGUGGCAAAACCUUCCCUGCAAAGAUGAAGUUAAGGACCCAUCAUCAAAUGUAUACAGGAGAAAGACCAUACACCUGCACACAAUGUGGCGCAGCUUUGCACACUUCAAAGGAUUUGAAAAUCCACUGUUGUGUUCACACUGGAGAAAAACCACACUCAUGUAAACAGUGUGGAAAAUCGUUCUCUCAGCUUAGUCAUUUAUGGGUGCACCAACAUAUUCACACUGGAGAGAAACCUCACUCAUGUGAACAGUGUGGAAAAGCAUUCUCUCACAGUCAUUCUUUACUAAAACACAAACUUGUGCACACUGGGGAGAAACCGCACUCGUGUGAACAGUGUGGAAAAUUGUUCUGUCAGCUCAGUCAGUUACGGGUGCACCAACGUAUUCACACUGGAGAGAAACCUCACUCCUGUAAACAAUGCAAAAAAGCGUUCUUUGUGCUCAGUAACUUACUGGCACACUGACAUAUUCACACUGGAGAGAAACCUCAUUCAUGUAAACUUUGUGGAAAAGCUUUUUCUCACCUCAGUAGUUUACUGGCACACCAACGUGUUCACACUGGGGAGAAACCUCACUCAUGUGAAGAGUGUGGAAAGGCUUUCUCUCGCAGCAGCAGUUUAUUGGCACACAAACGUGUUCACACUGGAGAGAAACCUCACUCAUGUGGACAGUGUGGAAAAGCGUUCUCUGAGCAUCGUAGCUUACUGGCACACCAACAUAUUCAUACUGGCGAGAAACCUCAUUUAUGUAAACAGUGCGGAAAAGCUUUUUCUCACAGCAAUACUUUACUGGCACACAAACGUGUGCACACUGGAGAGAGACCACACUCAUGUGAACAGUGUGGAAAAUCAUUCUCUCAGCGCAGUCACUUAGUGGCACACCAACGCGUUCACACUGGAGAGAAGCCUCAUUCAUGUGAACAGUGUGGAAAAGCUUUUUCUCGCAGCAGUAGUUUAUUGGCACACAAACGUGUACACAAUGGAGAGAAAACUCAUUCAUGUGAAAACUAUGGAAAAGCGUUCUGAGCGCCGUAGUUUACUGGCACACCAACAUAUUCAUACUGGCAAGAAAUCUCAUUUAUGUGGAAAAAAAAAUUUCUUAUUUGCCCAACUUGACAAAGUAUCAGUGAAUUCAUCAAAUUAACAUGUUCAUAUGUCAUAUAAAUGUUCCAGUAUGUCUAAAAACUGACAAUGAUAAGUGGUCUUAUUUAAAUGAUUUCAGUUUUUUUACUGUGUCUGUUGCUUUACAAAGUCUCACUUUGUAGAAACCUGUGGUAGAACAAAAGUGUUGAUCUCUUCUCACACUCCCCACAACCAGGUAUCAAAAGGAGACCAACAGGACAGCCAUAAACAUGCAUGAUAGUCCAAAAGGAAAGACUUUUAGUUUGGACCCAGAUUCCAAAUCAAAUGCAUUGGAAUCAUCAACAUUCAUAGAAUGAACACCAACAAGAUUUCCUGUUUACCUACAAAGGGGAAAAAAGAAGAGACAUGAAGCAACGCUGCCAUCCUUUGGCGGGAAAGAAAAGUGUCCACUCUGUGUUACUGAUAAAUACAUGUCUAAAAGCUAAAAUCCAGUGUGUUGCCUCCCAGUCUUAGUAAAGGUGUGUUCCCCAUCUGUCAUCCAUCGCUCCCACACCGCUCUCAACUUCACUUUGAACGCCCUGUUUACACCAGGGUUGGAGUUCUUUUGUUAAUCCUUCCGGGAAUGAUGGCAAGCCCUGAAUUAAUUUGCUUCACUUGGUUUUUCGCAGUGGCGGAGAUGGGCGCGCAUGGAGUCGCAGAAUAACAGGGACAGUGAUGCAUGAAAAAAAACAUCUGGUGCCUUUACAUACACCCCUCUCAGCCACUCUCCCAUUUUCCUCCAGUCCACACAACCUUUUUGAUUGGCCUGAUGAUGAUUCCGGUGUGACUUCCUCUUAAAAAUGGCCAUAGGUAGUUUCUGUCCAUUAUUGUGGCAACCAAGAAUAAUAGCGAAAGCUGACUCCAUGUUACGUAUUACCGUGCUGGUCCCCUUUUUCUCCACAGUAUGGUUCAUGGGGAUGUAAAAAGUGAGUGGGACCUUAUCCAUGUUGGUGAUGUGGAUGAGCUGAAUCGUUUUAUUACAGUGGAUGCAGAAGCCUUUUUUUUGUAAUCCACUGGCAGAUGCUGUGCCACGGUUGUCCUUGCAGGGAUGGAGAGAUGGUGCCUUUUCAUAAAACAAAAGCACCGAGAUGGACCUCCAUGAAAGUGUUCGAUCUUUAUGACUUGUGCUAUUGCUGUUGCCUUCAGUCGAAUGAUGACUGUAGAGACAUUUCUCCCAUCUGUUCUUUAUUCAAUCAUCCAUUGUUCAAGUUGGUCUUCUAACUGUGGCCAUCUCACUUUGGUCCCGCGGAAACUCUUUCGUCUUCUUAAAUUGGCACAGUUCAUUUCAUUGCUUCCUCCACUUCCAAACCAUAGAUUAAUUGAUGUGGAAGUCUUUCGCAGCUGGUCUGUUCCCAUUUACAACCGCCUGUAGCCUGUAGUUUGAAUUAGGUCUCUUCACUGGUGCCAUAUCCCGUGACACAUCCCGUGUCAAAAAUUCAAACACAAUCAGAGCAAACUUUUUAUUUUUGAAAAUUGCUUGUCUUAAUUUUGAUUGGUUGCUGUUAACACAGCAUCAUCUCAGGUAAAAAUGGAGGGAGGCAUCUUGCUUUCUUUCGUAGCACAGUGUAGCACGUUUGUUUUUGUGUUUUAUUCCAUUGUCAUUUCAUACAUUUAUGUGUUUAUGCUGCAGAUGGGUUUUUCUGUGUUAACAAUAAAAAUAUAACAAUAGAAAGUACAUUAAAAUAGGAAGAUACAUUAAUGCAGAUCACUAACAGAUUCUCUGUAUUCUGUAUUCUAAGAAAUAUCAAUAAUAUGAAUUAUUUUCACUAGUGCAAAUAAGAUCAAUAAUAUCUUUACUACAUCAGAAACUACAUCAUUAAAGUCUUAGACUCUGAGACAAAAAUAUCUCUUGGUAUCAGGUCUACAUUGUAAAUACACAGUGCAGUGAUAGAGUUAUUAGUAAUGUGUUGAUAAUUUAUCGACAAAGUCCAAUCUAACUUGAAUCCAAAAGCCUACUGAUGCACCAUAGGAAGGAUAAUUUACAAAUUGAGUAUUUCACCACAAUCAGAUCAGCAACACUUCCCUGAAAAAGAGGAGACCAUCUUUAAUUUAGUAGAUGUAAGUAGACAAAUCAUUUUAUAAAUGACAAUUGUCAAUGAAAUACAUCAUGUACAAUAUGUAACCAGGAUUGUUUUAGUGGCCUUUUGGGUUCAAGUUAGAUUGGAGAACGAGGAAGCUGCAUGUGCAACACUCAACAACUGCAACAACUAGUAUUUGUACAUCGUAAAAAAAAAGCGUUGUUUUGGGAAAAAUUGUUUCUUCAUUAUUCUAUGCAGUUAUUAUAUGAUGUAUGAUUUAUGUCCUAAUAUCUUGUGUUUUGUCUAAUGUAUUUGACAUUUCACCUAGAUUGUUCAAUGGUUGUCUCUGCCUAAAAGACUCUGGACUCUAGCUCCCAAACCCAAGGCCAGGGAGUUGAGUCUCUCUGUUUGUUGAGACUGUGAGCUCCUUUCUCUCUGAUAGUGAGACACCAGUGAUGCAGGUGUGAGAAUGUAAACAUCUCCACACACACGGCGACAGGGAUGAGAUGGUGCAUGCAGUCUGAUUGGACUACACAGACGUUCCAUCGUAGUCGGACAGAGGAUUUAAAAGGCAGAAGCAACUUGAGGAUCGUGGGCUCUUUGCAUCACACCUUCGUGGUGUGUGCACUGAUCUCCCCAGCUGGUUUUUGGUUUGUUGAUGUGCACAAUCAACAUCCAUGUUUUUGAUUUGCUUUUACUUUUUUUUAUAAUAAAUCACACAAAAGACAAAUCUCUCAUCUGCCUCAUUAUGGGAAAUUUCCACCACCAAAGGUGGUUAUAGUGAUAAAAAGUAAAAGCAAUAUACACACAUGUGCAUAAAGAUGUUUAUCUGGUAAAAAAUUACCUCGUCAGUCACAUUGGAGAACUCCCGUGGGAGGUAGUACGGCUGAAUGCUGACUAAAACCCACAAUCUCCACUCGCUUUGGACGUUAUCAUGCCAAUCAAUGGCCAUUAUCAGUGGAUAUCAGCCCAUACUUAUGGGCCAGUAGGUGCCUACUCUACCUACUGGCAGCGGUGCGUAGGUGCAGCAGGUUGUCGUCAUCUAUUCCUAAGGUAGAUCACAGCUUGGGGGACCAAACCAACUGAAUCCAGAUCCACUAGAAUGAUGGAAGGUAGAAGUUGUUUACAUCCACGUUCUAUCAAAGUCGAUCCCAGACAAGUAUUCUCUAUGCUCUAAUAUAAUUAUAUACACCCAAAACACGCUCUUUAUCUUUCUUUUCUAUUUGUAUUUCGAAUUUCUCUUAGGCAGGGUGGAAGAAAGGGGUAAGCUCUGUAAUGUCAUAUGUAUUUAAAACCUUUUUUUGUUUGUGUAUCAGUACUGAUUUUUUUUUUGUUUUGCUCAUUGCU